AUGGCCUUCUUUUCCAUGACCCAUAAGAUCAUUUCCUUUCUAUUUGUUUUGAUCCCUUAUGCUACCUCACUUACCUUCAACUUGAUAAAUAUCACUGCAAGAAAUCAGAAUCUAGACAUAAUAAUCCAAGGUGAGGGAGCAAAUAUCUCCAUUGGUGAAAUCCAAUUGACUCCAGAUUUGAUUAAUUCAGAUCUCCCCAGGAAUAAUUCUGGACGAGCAAUAUAUGUCAGGCCACUUCAUCUUUGGGAUUCCCGAUCUGAUGAACUAGCAAGCUUUUCUUCUAAUUUCACCUUUGUGAUUGAUUCAAACCAAAAUGCAUCUUACGGUGAUGGCCUCACAUUCUUUCUUGCUCAGAAUAAUUCUCUGAUUCGUCAAGGUGGGUCAAUGGGGCUUCCAAUAAAUGAAGAACCCAACAUGGCAGCCAGCCCGUUUGUUGCUGUCGAGUUUGAUACGUUUUGGAAUUUUGAUUGGGAUCCAUAUAUAGGAAGGAAUAUUACCAUGGGUGAUCAUGUGGGUAUCGACGUUAGCUCUCUUUCCUCUGCAAAGUCCGAAAAAUGGUUAAGCAAUGUAACUGGUGGAGGAGUUUGUCAAGCCUGGAUUACAUAUGAUUCUGUUUCGAAAAAUCUUAGUGUUUCCUUCACUGGUUAUCAAAACAAUACAAUCGUGCGUCAAGAUGGACUUUUUCACACGGUUGAUCUCAGGCGGGAGUUGCCUGAAUGGGUUAUUUUUGGGUUUUCAGCAGCGACUGGAAGUAUGUUCCAAAGAAAUGCCAUAACAUCAUGGACAUUUUCUAGUUCCGAAUUAAAGGUUGAUGUAAACAACCAGAUGCCACCACCUCCAAGCCCUGAAUUUCUUAACCCGAAACCUGGUUCAGAAAAUGGAAAAAGCAGCAAAGGGGGCUUAAUCGUUGGAGUAUCAGUUGCAAUAGCUUUUGUUGUUGUGCUUGCAUUUCUUUUGUGGAAGAUGAAGAAGAAUAAGAGAGGAAACAAUGAAACAGAAGAAAUCUCAUUUGAUACUGUAAUGAACAACGAGUUUGAAAUGGGCAUCGGGCCUAAAGAAUUCUCUUAUGAUGAAUUAGCCCAGUCCACUAGCAAUUUUGCUGAAAACAAAAAGCUAGGGGAGGGAGGUCUUGGUGGAGUUUACAAAGGAUUUUUGGCCGAUUCAAACACAUACAUUGCGGUCAAGAGGCUAUCAAAGAGUUCCAAACAGGGGAUUAAGGAGUAUGCAUCAGAAGUUAAUAUCAUUAGCCAGUUAAGACAUAGAAACCUAGUGCAACUCACUGGUUGGUGUCAUGAGAAAGGUGAACUCUUGCUUGUUUACGAGUAUAUGGAAAACGGAAGUUUAGAUUCACAUCUUUUCGGGGCUAAGAGUUUGUUGAAAUGGGACACAAGGUACAAAAUCGCCAAUUGUUUGGCAUCUGCCGUGUUGUAUCUACACGAGGAAUGGGAGAAAUGUGUUUUGCAUAGAGAUAUUAAAUCUAGUAAUGUGAUGUUGGACUCCAACUUCAAUGCAAAACUUGGUGAUUUCGGGUUAGCUAAGUUGGUUGACCACGAGAAAGGCUUGCAAACUACAAUGUUGGCCGGCACCUUGGGUUACAUGGCUCCUGAAUAUGUAGUGACCGGCAAAGCAACCAAAGAAUCAGAUGUGUUUAGCUUUGGAGUUGUUGCUCUUGAAAUAGCAUGUGGGCGAAAAGCCAUCGAGUACAAGGCUCAAGAAAAGCAAAUUCAGUUACUAGAAUGGGUUUGGGAGCUAUAUGGGACCGGGACCCUUUUAGAAGCAGUUGAUCCUCAUUUAGGGUUAGAUUUCGUGGAAGAAGAAAUCCAGCGUUUGAUGAUCAUCGGAUUAUGGUGCGUGCACUCUGACGCUAAACUUCGCCCAUCGAUGAGACAAGUGAUUCAAGUACUGAACUCUGAGACAUCCCUGCCUAUGCUCCCUUCAACAAUGCCAGGGGCGUCAUAUUUAGCUUCUCGCAUUUUGUCAUUAUUUGGUAUUGCUUCUGUUAUCCACUACCAAUCAUCAAGUAGUGUAUUUAACACCAACAAUUGA